AGUUUGUGAUCGGCUGGUACAGCGUAAAGUUAUUGCCCGUUUCGUUCGUGAAUGCAUUGAGGAAAAAAUUGAGUGCAGUGAAGGCAGUAUGCAUUUGACGAUAGUUUCGUGAAAUAUGGCCGUUAUCCUGAUUCACUAUGUUUGUUUUUUGAUACUGCUCGUGUGCCAAGGUAUUCACAAUGAGGAUAAUAUACUAAGUGCAAAUACAAUUCCACAUCCUGCAUCAGAUUUCAGCCGGUUUACCCUUGUUAAACCGAAAAUAUGCCACGGAAGAGAAAAAAGACAAAUAUCGUCGACAAAACAGGAGAACGGUGAACAUGUGGAUUAUCUGGAAAUCACGUUGGAAAUUGAUGGAGAAAACUUAAUAUUAGACUUGACCCUCAAUAAACAGCUUAUUCCAAAGGGAUUUUUCCACAGGUAUCAGACGAAUGGAAAAAAUGUCGUUCACAAACCCGCGAAAGAAGAGAUUGACCAUUGUCAUUACAACGGUAAAGUCAGAGGCAAACCGGAUUCCUGGGUGGCGAUAUCGACGUGCGACGGCUUAUCUGGAGUGGUCUUCGACGGAAAAGAAAUGCAUUAUGUCGAAAAAGAUAACCGAGUCGAUCAGGGUUUCGACGCUUUGCAAUCGGAUCACUUUGUUUACAGACACUCUGACGUUGUGGAACAGAACAAGACGUGUGGUUACGCCGGCGACGCUAGAAAUCCGGAAAAGCAGCAUACGACCACUGAUAAUCGAUUUCAUAGAUACAAAAGAUCGACGGAAAGUCACGAUUUAAUUAGGGGACCUUACAAUGCCAAUAAAGAAUCAAAAUAUGUGGAACUAGUUUUAGUUGUAGACAAUAGAGAAUACAAAGAACUGGGAGAAAGUAGAAGCAGAGUUAUCAACCAUUGUAAAAGUAUUGCCAAUAUUAUCAAUGGACUCUAUUCUCCCUUAAAUAUUUUUAUAGCUCUAGUAGGAGUUGUGAUAUGGACUGAACAUGACGAAAUGAUCUUUUCUCCAGAUGGUGAUUCAACGCUCACUAGUUUUUUACAUUAUAGAAAGCAAAAAUUGCUCCCUGAUCACCCCAAUGACAAUGCUCAACUAUUGACGAAAUUUAACUUUGACCAUGGUGUUGUUGGAAAAGCACUAAAGGGACCAAUGUGUACUUACGAGUACUCAGGUGGAGUGAAUACUGAUCACUCGCCUGUAGUAGGUUUAGUAGCCACCACAAUUGCUCACGAGAUGGGACAUAACUUUGGUAUGGAGCAUGACACGACUGUAUGCAAAUGUCCAGAAGAAAGAUGUAUUAUGGCACCAAGCAGUUCAACUGUUGCACCAACCCAUUGGUCUUCAUGCAGUCUGAACUACUUAUUGUUAGCCUUUACCCAUGGAAUGGAUUAUUGCCUAAAAAACAAACCAGAAUCCCUUUUCGACAGUCCGGUUUGUGGAAAUGGAUUUGUAGAGCAAGGGGAACAGUGUGAUUGCGGGUUGCCCGAGCAUUGCGACAAUCCAUGCUGUAACGCAUCCACUUGUAUGCUGUAUAAUAAUGCCAGUUGUGCUACUGGCGAGUGCUGUGACUUAACUACUUGUAAACCUAAAAACGCUGGAACUUUAUGCCGUUCGGCGGAUUAUGAAUGUGAUUUACCUGAAUAUUGUACAGGGCAGUCUGAGUAUUGUCCUGAUGAUAUUUAUAAAUUAGAUACAGAAGAGUGCGACGGAGGACACGCCUUUUGUUACCAUGGUUUCUGCAGGACAAGGACUGACCAAUGCCAAUUGCUUUGGGGUGAAACAGGAACUUCGAGUGAUGAUCAGUGUUAUGAUAUGAAUAUUAAAGGGAAUAGGCAUGGAAAUUGCGGCUUUAAUAAAUUCAAUCAAUCCUUUUUUAAGUGUGAGUCAGAGAGUGUUUUAUGUGGUAUGUUACACUGUAAGCAUUUAAACGAACGACUGGAAUUUGGCAUGGAAUCUGUUGCCAUUUUAUCCCACAGUUUUAUUAAUAAAAAAGGUUCGAUCGUACCUUGCAGAACUGCUAUUGUCGAUCUCGGUACUAACCAAAUUGAUCCAGGACUGACGCCAGAUGGAGCCAGAUGUGGUGAUGGUAAAAUGUGUGUAAACCAAAGAUGUAGAGAUGUCUUAAGUUUAAGAAAGUUAUCGCCAAGUUGCGAAAACGACUGUCAUGGAAACGGUUGGUGCAACAAUAAAGGACACUGCCAUUGUAAAGAUGGAUUUGCCCCACCUUUCUGUGAAUAUCCCGGACCUGGAGGUUCGGAAGAUAGUGGUCCAGCUUCAGAUCCUAAUGCUCAUCAAGGAGUAGUGGUUGCAAUGUUCAUCAUAUUCCUCGGCGUAAUUCCAACGCUAGCUAUACUGGCUUUCUUGUCGUAUUAUGCCAAAUACAACAUGAAAUUCAGUUGGAAAAAGUCACCGCCCGUAACGUCGAAGUCCCCAAGUAAAUCGAGAGGAGCGCCGCAAACAGCGAAAAGAACUGAAGACAACCACUCACUUCUACAUGAAGAUUCACUGCCACAAGCUGGUCUCAAUAACGAAUUCUUUGGUAAUUUCAAAGGAUUUUCUCUAACGCCAAUGAAAAAGCAAGAAAUCGCCGAGCCUGUUAGACCGGCCCCUUCAGCUGCUGCUCAAAUUGGAUCAGCUGAUCAGAAUCAUUCAACUAUUCCCAAUUAUCAAAAACCACCUCCACCAGUGCCAAAAGCUGUAGGAAAAGUUAAAAAUACUCUUUUUACGGUACCAGUUCAGAAAAUGAAUUCUUUUAAAAAGAAUACGCUGCUUAAUGGCAUCAAAAGUACUAACUCUUCAUCUACAGUUCCAGCAUUACCACCUCCUAAUCCGGGUAGCACUGCCAGACCUAUUAUAUCUUCACCAGUAUUGUCAAGUUCGACAUCUAAUGCUAAGGAAUUGAUAUCGCCUCUUCGUAAUGCUCCUAAAAUGCCUAUUCGGCCGGCACCUGAAGCUCCUCUUCCAGAGACUAAAAUUACACCUAAUACUUCCAAUAUUUUAUCAACACCUAACGCUUUAGAGGUUCAUACAGUAUUAGAUGUAAAUAUAGAUUUAACCAAACGUGUUCCAAAAGAGAAAGAAAAAGAAACUGGUAUCAGCACCUUAAACAGGAUAGCAUCAUUUCUUAAACCUGGCGAUAAAAAACAAGCUUCCCAGUUUAAUACGCUUACUAAAUCAAACCAAGUAAAAGCUCAAAAGAUUUUGGACAAAGAAACUUUGAGAAAUCUAGAAAUAUCAAAUCCUGUUCCGCAAACUGAAAUAGAUAUAGGCAUCACGGUAAUGCCUGUUGAUGCAGCAGCUAAGAAAGCAGUUGUGAUGAGAGCACAAAGUAUGAGGGCAACUAAACCGAAAGACCGACCAAAUAUUCAAACGUUUGGUUCGAUGAGACAACCGGGAUACAAAAGACCUCUUAGUAUACCAUCGGGGGCACGUCCUAAAAGUCCUCCUCCUCCUCGACCUCCAGAUAGCACCAAUAGUUCAUCUGAAAGGUUGAAGGAGAAUCAAAAUCAAUAUGAUGACUGUCUGAACGAAGCAGCUCCGUUGGCUCGCUUAAGCGAAACUGACAGUCCUAGCGGUGACAACAUUUAUGCGGUCAUCGAAGAGACACCUUCACCAGAAAAGGUUACAAGCGGUGCCGGAUCGACGGAGAGUAUGGGAUUACUUAGUGAAAUAGUUUGUGAAAUACAAAACAGAAAUAUUGAGUCGAUUUAUUCGACGUCUACGUUAAAUCGAAAGAAAAUGGAGGCGGCAAAGAAAGCAAAUGAAAAUUUGUCGCCCACUUCUUCAGAAUAUGCAAAUACUGUGUACAAACCCGAAAAUGAGUAUAGUAACAUGGGUAAUAUUAAGUCGAGUGCAAGUUCUACCUCGAGCGGAUAUAUAUUACCAUCCGCUGUAAAUGUGCCUCUUAAGGAACCUAGUGUUCCAAGUGUUCAUAACAAACCUCCAAUAAGGGAGUCGCAACCGGUAUUAAGUUCUUUCAAGGCCGAUGCAUCAACAAAACCUUUCUCUUCAACAUUCAAACGACCACCGGGGCCAUUGGCUACGGCCAAUACUUCAAAACGGCUCAGUGAUUCUUAUAGUGAUAAAACCACAGAUAAUAAAGUAGGUAGUAGUGAUAGCAAAUCGGCGAAAUCAAAAACUGUUCUGUCCCCGACGACAAAAACUCCCCCGUCCCCUGUUAGUAAGUCGCCGUCGAAAAUAAAUCGGCAAGUGACUCCUCCAAAUUUAAAAGGGCGGAAACCGUCACCGACCAGACCCAUAUCGCAAGCUUCAGUAAAAUCUAAUCGUUCUGUUACAAAUAGUCCCGACUUAGUUACUAGUUGCAACUCGAACAGCAGCUCAAAAGGGCCAGACGUGUUAAAUGGGGGCAGUUUAACUAAGAAACCCUCUAUUGUCACUUCUAAACCCAUAAUAACAUCUCAAAAGCCGACUGUGAAAAUUAGUAAUAAUCAAAAGUCUGUUAGUUUUAAAAAUUCGUUUGAAAAAAAGAACGAAGUCAAACCGCCUGUUGCAGCUAAAGUGAUGAAAGCGGCCUCUGACGUUGGGGCUAGUAAAACGGCUUCGGUAGGCGUUAAACAAGCAGCUAAAUCCAAUUCAACUGUCUCGUCUUUGCAACAGAAAUUUGAAGAGAAAAAUACCGCAAAACCUGCAGGUAAAAUUAAAUAAAACUUAAUCCAGGUUUUCAUUAGUUGUAUUUAUUUUUCUAAGACUGUUAAUUUAAUAUAUUUUGUAUUUGUAAAUCACCGUUAGGAAUUUUUAUACUUUGGUCAUUCUUAUGUUCCAAGACAAUCCCGACUAAAAUUAAAUUAGGUUUAAGUAUAUUUGUUAAAUGUUUUGUAAAUAAGCCAAAGAUUAUCUAAAAGACGAUUGUCUAUACUUGUAAUAUAUAUUUAUUUAA